CUUUUUCUUUUAUAUAUAUAUAUACCACAAGAAAAUAAUAAUAAUAAUAAAAAUGGCCCACCAUAGAACUUGUAUUAGCGACUUGCCUUCUGAACUCUUGCAGCAAAUAUUACAAUAUAUACUAGAAGCACCUGAUGGCACUUGCCAAGAUUUACUCAACUGUGCUUUGCAAUGUCGAUCUUGGAGUUAUCAUGCUCUUCAACUACUCUGGCACAAACCAUUGAUUCUUAAACCACAAACAUGGCUUAAAUUUUCCAAAACGUUAGCCCUUUUAGACACUUAUAUUGACUAUGCUCCAUUAGUUCGGCGCAUCAACUUAUCGGCUGUGCCUGAAUAUAUUGGGGAUGAAUCUCUUUUGACUCUAUCAAUGUGCAAACAACUUGAUCGAAUCACACUCACAGGCUGUAUGCAUAUCUCAGAAAAUGGACUACAACAAUUUCUGAGUAAAGAUACAGGUCGAUACCUACUUUCUAUGGAUUUGUCAGAAAUCAAACAUAUCACAGAUGAAACAGUUCUGUUGAUUGCAGAGACUUGUCGAAGUCUACAAGGGCUUAACCUGACAGUGAAUCCUGUCAAGGAAGAAGAAUGUCUUGGUGUGACAGACAAGAAUGAGUCCAUUAUGGCUUUAACAAUGUAUUGCCCUAAUCUAUUGGAAAUUGAUGUUAUCAACUGCAAUAUCUCUAACCAAGCUCUGACAAGUAUUUUUGAAAAAAGUCGAGAAUUGCGUGAACUCAAGGUCAACAACUGCCAAUUCUUGAAUGACCAUGGUUUCAUUUGCUCUUCACUUACCACAAGACCUAGCUAUUAUGACCAACUCCGUAUCCUUGACUUGACCAACAUUGUCAGUAUCACAGACCGCACAGUUGACUGUAUCACACAAUCUGCACCUAAAAUCCGCAACCUGAUCCUCAACAAAUGUGUUCAUAUUACAGACAAAUCUGUAGACUACUUGACACGCUUAGGACGCUACUUACAUUAUAUUCAUUUGGGAAGCUGCAAAAAUAUCACAGAUCAAGCCAUUAUUCACUUGACAUCCAAAUGCACUCGUAUUCGUUAUAUUGAUCUUGCUAGUUGUCAUCGCUUAGGGGAUGAUACAGUAGUUGCCUUAGCUGCUUUGCCUAAACUGAAGCGUAUUGGUUUGGUUAAAUGCCAUCGAAUUACAAAUCGAGCUAUUAUUGCACUCACACGCCAUGCUCGCACAAGUGUUUCAUUAGAACGUAUCCACCUUUCCUAUUGUGAACAACUUACAGUACAGGCCAUUGCCGUCUUGGUAAUUCAUUGUCGCCGUCUUACUCAUUUAAGUUUAUCGUUUAUUCCUGCUUUUCAACAUGAAGAAUUCCAACGUUUUUGUCGCCCACCACCUAAAGAAUACAAUGCAGAAUUGCAGAGAACCUUUUGUGUCUUUAGUGGUCAGAAUGUGCAUGAUUUAAGAAGCUAUUUAAAAUCCUCUGCGUAUGUCACACAACAACAACAACAUUUAAAUAUGCGAAGAUUGUAUCUUCAGCAAGAUCGAUUAGAUGAACUAAGUGAAGGCUUGCAGAGAACACACGUAGUGUAAAUAAUCUUAAUAAACAGUUCGGUCCGAACUUUUUCUUUGAUUUUAU